GCAUGCGUGCAACACAAAAAUGGCUGGUGCCUUUCCCACGGCUCCCAUUUUGUCUUUUACUAGACUUAGGCACCUGAGUCUUUGUGGCAACCAGCUUGGUCCCAAUCUUCCCAGCCAGCUGACGAAAUUGUCUGCACUGACCAACCUCAACCUGGCCGACAACAGCUUCAAAGGGAUUGUCCCUGCUACCAUCCUCUCAAUGCCUUCCCUGCUAGAACU